UUCAGUAUCAUCUCUACUUUCAGACAUUUUUGAGUCUGCUGCUUUGCAAGUAAUUGCAUUUCCAUCUUUUUUUCUUGUUCUUGCUCCCCUGUGUACCUUCUUGCUGCAUGCUGGAUGAAGCAAACCUUGGGAGCACCCAGCUCACAUCUGUUUACUACAGAAAGUUUGUAGGAGAAAGGUUCAGUCCAAGCAAACAUGACCAAAGAAACUGAAAGAUGAUACUUACYCUUAUUACUGGUGAUCUUCCGCUGACCGCCUCUAAACUGGUGUGGAGCUUUCUGUAUAAAUGCAUGUUCACCUUUUCUGAUGAAAUUCGUUGAACUCAUUUUCUUGAGAAAUUUUUUUAAUUAGCAGGUAGGAACAUAUCCCUUCAUUUUCCCUGAGCUUUCAACUAUGGGUGCGAAAGAUAUCCUUUUACAGUAGCUUUGUAAAAUGGAUACACACUAGAACAUUUUCUUAAAUACAAACCCUUCCUUUCMAUUUACCUCUUUGAAGUAAUUGUCUGUGAGUACAGGAAAACAUUUUGUUUUAUUCCAGUCCAUCCUUGCUCACACACAGCUAACUGAAUGGAUCAACUGAAAUCCCAGCUUUUCAGUACUGGUAACAAUUUCUGUCUCCAUCUGUCCCUCCUUUCCUUUUGGUUGGCUCCUGUGCAAUGCCAGUGACCAUAUCUUUGCCCCAGCUCUUGCCCUUGCUGCUAUGUCCACAUCACUGGAGGAUGCAAUGGAUAUCUUGAUCAGGAUUUUCCAUCACUACUCUGGCAAAAAAGGAGACAGAUACAAGCUCAGUAARGGAGAAUUCAAGGAGCUUUUCACCAGUGAGCUCACUGACUUCCUUUCAGACCAAAAGGACCCCCUCCUUGUCAAUAAAAUUAUGAAUGACCUGGACUCUAAUAAAGACAGUGAAGUGGAUUUUAAUGAAUUUGUCAUUCUAGUUGCUGCUUUGACUGUGGCAUGUAAGGAUUUCUUUGAAGAGCUAAAGAAAGAGGGCUUUUAA